AUGGCAGGACUCGAUCUCUUCGUCGAUAUUACCACCCCUAACGGGCGCACAUACAAGCAGCCCACGGGCCUGUUCAUCAACAAUGAAUUCCGUCCGUCGUCUAAUGGACAGACUAUCGUGUCGCUUGACCCAGCAACGGACAAGCCGAUCGCGUCUGUGCACGCCGCCAGCGCCAACGACAUUGACCUGGCAGUCAAGUCGGCCAAAGCAGCCUUGGUGCAUCCUUCUUGGAAACUGCUGCCUCCAACGGAGCGAGGCCAGCUGAUGGGCAAACUGGCAGACCUCAUCGAGCAGAACCGGGAUCUCUUCGCGUCAAUCGACGCUUGGGAUAACGGAAAGCCAUACCAUGUCGCAUUUGAAGAGGACCUAACAGAGGCCAUCACUACCAUCCGAUAUUACAGCGGCUGGGCGGACAAGACGUUCGGUCAGACCAUUAGCACCACCCCAGAGAAGCUGGCAUAUACGCUCCGCCAGCCCAUCGGCGUCGUGGGACAGAUCAUCCCUUGGAACUAUCCCCUGUCCAUGGCCACCUGGAAACUUGGCCCGGCUCUAGCCUGCGGCAACACGGUGGUCCUCAAAGCAGCCGAGCAGACACCACUCAGCAUCCUCAUCCUCGGCACAUUAAUCAAGGAGGCCGGAUUCCCUCCGGGCGUGGUGAACCUCGUCAACGGGUACGGCCGCGAAGCUGGAGCGGCAUUAGUGCAGCACCCGCUCGUCGACAAGGUCGCAUUCACAGGAUCCACGAUGACCGGAAAAGAGAUCAUGAAAAUGGCCGCCGGCACUAUGAAAAACAUCACGCUCGAGACGGGCGGCAAAUCCCCUCUCAUUGUUUUCCCCGAGGCCGACCUCGACCAGGCCGCCAAAUGGUCUCAUUUCGGCAUCAUGUCCAACCAAGGCCAGAUCUGCUCCGCCACCUCCCGCAUCCUCGUCCACCAGGACAUCAUGGCCCCCUUCCUCGACAAGUUCAAGCAAGUGCUUGAAUCCACCUCCCACAUCGGCGACCAGUGGAGCGAGUCCACCUACCAAGGUCCCCAGGUCACUCGCGCCCAGUACGACCGCAUCCUCUCGUACAUCGAGUCCGCUCGAGCAGAGGGCGCAACUGUCCUCACCGGCGGCAGCGCCCACACGCCAUCCGACCCCAAGUACCAGAACGGCUACUUCAUCCAGCCCACCGUCUUCACGGACGUCACGGACUCCAUGCGCGUCUACCGCGAGGAGAUCUUCGGGCCCGUCGUCGUCAUCGUCCCCUUCGCCACCGAGGAGGAAGCUAUCCGUCGCGCCAACGACACGACCUACGGACUCGGCGCCGCCGUCUUCACUAAGGACCUGGAACGGGCUCAUCGCGUCGCCGCCGAGAUCGAGGCCGGUAUGGUCUGGAUUAACAGUAGUCAGGACUGUGAUCCGAGGAUUCCGUUCGGAGGUGUCAAGCAGAGUGGUAUUGGGAGGGAGUUGGGAGAGGCGGGGUUGGAGGCUUAUAGUCAGGUUAAGGCUGUUCAUGUGAAUAUGGGAAAUAAGCUAUGA